CGCUCUCAAAAUGCCACUCUCCUGUAAGUUUCAGUUGUCACUAUAAACCGGACUGAGAAUAGACUCGGAGUACAUCACAAAGCACGUGACUCGCCCAGCAGGUGGCGGGAAUGUGCCUAAAGCUGGUCUGCCAACCGCCACUAGACUGAGAGAAGGAGUUUGUUUAAGAAGGAGUUUGUUUAAAUAGUUUCAUCAUCAGGCAGUGUGUUGAUACUCUUAAUUCAUUUAGUUCAUCAGCAUAGCCAUGACACAAACAGACAGAGAUGUGGGGAACGGAAGAGACAGAGAGAAAGAGCAGCGCGGAGUGAAGAGACCCGUAGUUCCCGCUGCUGUACCAGAGCCAUUACAGGAUGUGACAAAUCCUCUCUCUGUCUCUGGUGAUCAGGCGUAUGUGAACCAUACAGGCUGCUACAGCAUCCACUGGCCCAUCUGCAGGGGACACCUGAACAUCCACAGCGGGCCGGGCGGCUCUCUCACCGCUUCGCUGGUGGACCUGGAGACCAUCUGGUCUCACGCUCUACAGAAACUUCUAGAAAUUCCGCUGAAGGAUCUGAAGUAUUACAGAUGCAUUCUUCUGAUUCCAGACAUCUAUAACAGGCAGCACGUGAAGGAAGUUGUCCAUAUGCUGCUGGUUAAAAUGGGCUUCUCAGGUAUGUCACUAAAACCAUCUUCACCUGAUGAUCCCAUCACAAGUGGGGAGAAGAGACAGGUUGUCAUAAACAAACUCAUCCACAUCUUGGGCGGCCUGAGGAUGGGGACAUUUUUAGCUAAUUUAAUUUUCGUGUGCACUAUUCCUGAAGAAACAUCUUCAGCUCUGUUGUCAAGGAAGACGGUCAUGACUCAGUUUGAGGGAAAAGCACUUGGCGUGGAUAAACCCAUCUUACACAUAAUUGACUCCUGCGCCUCAGAUGAAAUGAAGCGUAAAAUGUACAGCUGUAUUCUGGUAGUUGGUGGCGGGCUGCUGUUUCACGGAGCACAAGAGUUUCUGCAGCAUCACAGCCUCAAUAAGAUGCCUCCAUCUUUCCAUCGUCUGGUGGAGAACGUCGAUGUCAUCACACGACCAAAGGACAUGGAUCCUUGUGUGAUAGCGUGGAAGGGUGGAGCCAUGCUGGCGUGUUUGGACACCACGCAGGAGCUCUGGAUUCACCAGCGAGAGUGGCAGCGCUUCGGUGUGCGGAUGCUCUGUGUGCGAGCCGCCUUUGUCAGGUGAUCCCAUGUCUUCAUGACGUGGAUUUAAUCGGUUUUGUUUUUAUU